UUGAUCGAGUUACAGAAAACUCGGUCAAGAAAGAUGAGAAGAAUUCAUAGAAUUCAAAGGCAAACCCAUGCGUCUAGUUUGCUUAGAAAGGAUAUCAGUCAUUAAAGAUAUCCACAUAAGUCGCCACUACAACUACUACAACUGCAAUGAAUAUCAUGCUUGUUGGGUUUGAGUUCAUUGAGUUGUUGCACUUAAUGUUGGGCCACUGUUUUUCAGCUUUGUGACAUUAUUGAAUGAUGAUAUAUGUGAGCCCUUUGCACUGAUAACAAUACUAACCAUUCAUGUGGCUGUUUGAGCAUGCAAAACAUGAAAUGAAUUGUUGGUUAAAUUAACAUACCGUUAUGAUUCUGGAAGAUUUUUUAGGUAGUGGCCAUCCCCAAAAUGCACCAGAAUGCAGGAAAUCAUAUCUACCAAAUUCGAAAUUGUGUAGCUUCUCUCAGCUCAUGUUUAGUUGAAGUGUGCAGUCAUGUGGCCCUCUGAUGGUUAUGAUGAAAAAUGUGGCCCUCUUUAUCAUGAAAGUUGCCCAUCCCUGACCUACAUGAAUGUAAAUGUAAAAUGACCAGUGGUUUUUUAAUUGGCCAGAUGCACUCAGGCAAUAUUUGCAGAGCCCAGCACCUACAGGAGAAUGGACACCUGAUCCUUCAUGUUCAGCUCUCUCUGAACUUUAAAUAAUGUCCUGGCUACGCCCCUGGGUGGAAGUGGCAAUUCCUCUACGUUGCCGAUGACGAAAUGACGCAAAGUCUACGCACAAUGCGGAUGUAAACACGGCUAGACUCACGUGGGGGACCUGUAUACCUCCGACCCUCCCAGUGAAUGAUGUCAGUGAAGGUGGAGCGGUUCUCCAGCCCCGGGAAGGGGAACGGGAUGCGGGCGGUGAGCGGGGUCCCAGCGGGGGGGCGCGUCUGGUCCGCCGCGCCGCUCGCCGCCUGCGUCUCCAACACCCUGACCGGAGAGGUUUGCAGCGGCUGCUUCACACGCCGUGCGUCGUUGCGGAGGUGCUCCCAGUGUCAGACCGCUCGCUACUGCAACGCGUCCUGCCAGCGGCGGGCAUGGUCCGUCCAUAAGAGAGAGUGUGUGUGUCUCCGGGACCUCCUGCCGAGAGCCCCGACCGACUCGGUGCGGCUGGCAGCCAGGAUCCUCCUCACCCCCACGUUGAAUUCAUCGACAAAGCAGAGCGAGGAGCUGUACACCCUAGAAGAGCACGAGUCACACCUGGACUCCAUGUCCGAGCAGAAGAGGCGGGGCCUGUCCCAGCUGGCGGACAUGUUGCAGAUCUACCUGCAGCCCGAGGUCCCGGACCUCAUGGAGGAAAUGACAUCACUCCCACCGUCCUGCCAAGACCCCCUCAGCCUCCUCGCAAAGGGCCACAGAGACGGGGUCGUCGCCGUGACGACGCAAGACAACAGCGGGGACCGCGCGCGGUGA